AUGGAUCCAGCAAAGAACUCUCGUACUCCCCAAAAGCUUGUGCUGUGUUUCGACGGCACAGGCAAUAAGUUUAGAGGUGACGACAGUGACAGUAACAUCUUGAAGAUAUUUAGAUGUUUAGAUCGAGAAUCGGGUGGCCAAUAUCACUACUAUCAACCGGGGAUAGGGACAUACGUAGUGUCCAACUCGCUGUCCCACACGAGUCUAAGUGCUAGAUUCCGAUCAUGGUACUUGAAGGCCAAAGACUCCGCCAUCGGCUCGAGUUUCGACCACCAUGUAGUAGGCGGAUAUCGAUUCCUCAUGCGUUUCUAUCAGCCAGGAGAUGAGAUCUACUUUUUCGGCUUCUCCCGAGGAGCCUAUGUAGCCCGCUUUCUAGCGGAGAUGCUUGACUACAUCGGCUUACUUUCGCAUGGAAAUGAAGAGAUGGUGACCUUUGCCUGGAAAGCAUUUUCUCAGUGGCAGAGUCGCCAGUCUGACCAGACCGAAGAACAUCAGGCACAACGACAGGAGAUGUAUCGAUUCAUGAAGGGAUUUCGGGAGACAUUUAGCCGUCCUGUUAAGAGGAUCCGAUUUUUAGGGCUAUUCGAUACUGUCAACUCCGUUCCUCGAUUCGAGUCUGCGUGGAUGCAAAGGUCCAAAAUGCCAUAUACUGCGAGAAGCAGCGCCAAAGUCAUUCGACAUUGCGUAUCUAUAGACGAGCGUCGUGCAAAGUUUAGACAGGACCUCAUUUACCAAGGGACUAAUAAAGACAAGAAAGCACACAGGCACUUGCACGAAGUUAUGCACGACAAGUAUCGCACAAAGCGAGGCGCUGUCUCGGAGUUGACAUCGAAUAAGAAACCAGAGAGAGGACGACGCGAAACCUUAGCUCCCCCUGACGAACAUACGUUCCGACCCCAUUCCCGUUCCCGGUCUCGGGCAACGAGAAGCUCUACCGACAGAACGAGCCAAGUCGGCAAUGAUAAGCCGGAAACUGCUCAUAUGAGCAACAUUGACGAGGAUUCGGAUGAUGAUGAACAAGACAUCGAUGAGAUCUGGUUUGCCGGUGGUCACGGCGACGUUGGAGGUGGAUGGGAGAUCAUGCCAGACACCAAAUCUGCAAGCCAUAUACCCCUUACCUACAUGAUCAGAGAGGCACAACGAGCAGGUCUCAAUUUUGAUCCCGAGAAACUAUCUGAGAUGGGAGUCGCCGAACCUUCUGAUGAGCCUAACAAUAACGCCCGCCACGACGAGGCCGUCCCCGACAUUCGCGUUGACAAGUCAAGCCCAACGAGCCAAGCUCCACCUUGCCUUGAUAUCCAACCUACGCAUUGGGAUCACUUUGAUUUUAUAGGCGAUGAAGAAAAGAAACAACAAAGCGAACAAGACGUCCGGUCAUUCCAUCGGAUGCUUCACAAAGCCCAUCUAGCCAGAAUCCACGACUCUCUGGAGUUUUCAUCCGGCUUGAGCAAAGGCCAAGUGAUGACCUGGAAUAUAAUGGAGUAUAUGCCAUUCCGGCGAAUGGAUCUACGACCGGACGGAUCAUGGAAGCCGAUCCGUUGGCCGCUUCCAUGCGGUGAAGUGCGAGACAUCCCCCAUACCGCCAGAAUACACGGGUCGGUAAUUCGACGCAUGAAACAAGAUAGCACCUACCGCCCCGGAAAUCUCAUUAUUAGUGGCGGCGGACGCGGACAGCGCAGAGCCCCUGAGUCAUAUGGUAUUGGCGAAUGGAAAUGCGUCCAAGAUCAUGAAGAUCCCGUAGGUGAGGUUUGGGUCAAAGAUACAACUGGCAACGCCGAGUCGUGA